UUGAGGAGAGAGCCCCCAAGUCCGGAGAGGACUAGGCUGCCCCUCCUCUCGUCGCUGUUUUCUGCUACUGUGAGAGAAAGCCUAUCGAAACUGACCCGGACCUUCGGAUCCCAUCCGAGACCCACCGCAGAGCUCGACCGCUAGCCCCAUUCCCACGGAGAGCCCAGAGCCUAGGGCUGCAAGGAAAGACUCGCGGGGCAGGGGAGGGAGGUCGAGGCAGCAGCAUGGCGAGGUUCCUGAGGGCCGACCUGGCGGCAGCAGGAGUUAUGCUACUUUGUCACUUUUUAAUCGACAGAUUCCAGUUCGCCCAAGGGGAGCCUGGAAAUCAAAUCACUGAUUGGAAGUAUGAUGUUUCAAAAGCCUUUCCUCAAAGAGACGAUGGGGUGGAUGUGGACUCACAAGCAUACAGCCACAGAUGGAAAAGAAACUCUGACCCUUUUAAGGCAGUAGACACAAACAGAGCCAGCAUGGGCCAAGACUCGCCAGAGCCCAGGGGCUUCACUGACCUGCUACUGGAUGACCAGGACAACAACACCCAGAUCGAGGAGGACACAGAUCACAAUUACUACAUAUCUCGGAUAUAUGGCCCAACAGACUCUGCCAGCCGAGAUCUGUGGGUGAACAUAGACCAAAUGGAGAAAGACAAAGUGAAGAUUCAUGGGAUACUGUCCAACACUCAUCGGCAGGCAGCGAGAGUGAAUCUGUCCUUCGAUUUUCCAUUUUAUGGUCAUUUUCUACGUGAAAUCACUGUGGCUACUGGGGGUUUCAUAUACACUGGAGAAGUUGUACACCGAAUGCUAACAGCCACACAGUAUAUAGCACCUUUAAUGGCAAAUUUUGAUCCUAGUGUAUCCAGAAAUUCAACCGUCAGAUACUUUGAUAAUGGUACAGCGCUUGUUGUCCAGUGGGACCACGUCCACCUGCAGGAUAAUUAUAACCUGGGAAGCUUCACAUUCCAGGCAACACUCCUCAUGGAUGGACGCAUCAUCUUUGGAUACAAAGAAAUACCUGUCUUGGUCACACAGAUAAGUUCCACCAACCAUCCAGUGAAAGUCGGGCUGUCUGAUGCGUUUGUCGUUGUCCACAGGAUCCAGCAAAUCCCCAAUGUUCGAAGAAGAACAAUUUAUGAAUAUCACCGAGUAGAACUCCAAAUGUCAAAAAUUACCAACAUUUCAGCUGUGGAGAUGACCCCACUCCCCACAUGUCUGCAGUUCAAUGGUUGUGGUCCUUGUGUAUCCUCUCAGAUUGGCUUCAACUGCAGUUGGUGUAGUAAACUUCAAAGAUGCUCCAGUGGAUUCGACCGCCACCGGCAGGACUGGGUGGACAGUGGAUGUCCGGAAGAAGUACAGUCAAAGGAGAGGAUGUGUGAGAGCACAGAGCCUGCGGAGAGUUCUCAAACCACCACAACCCUGCACACAACCACCAUGCAAUUCAGGGUCCUGACCACCACCAGGAGAGCCGUGACAUCCCAGCUGCCCACCAGCCUGCCCACGGAAGAUGACACGAAGAUAGCACUGCAUCUUAAAGAUAAUGGAGCCUCUACAGAUGACAGCGCAGCUGAGAAGAAAGGAGGAAGCCUGCACGCCGGCCUCAUUGUUGGAAUCCUGAUCCUGAUCCUCAUUAUAGCAGCAGCUAUUCUGGUGACAGUAUAUAUGUAUCACCACCCAACAUCAGCAGCCAGCAUCUUCUUCAUUGAGAGACGCCCAAGCAGAUGGCCAGCAAUGAAGUUUCGAAGAGGAUCGGGACACCCUGCCUAUGCAGAAGUUGAGCCCGUUGGAGAGAAAGAAGGUUUUAUUGUGUCAGAGCAGUGCUAAAAUUUUAGGACAGAGCAGCACCAGUACUGGCUUACAGGUGUAACGACUAAACUUUGCUUAUACGUUUAAAACAGACACACACCACAGCCACACACAAAGGAGCCCUAAACUGCUGUAGCCAGAAGGGAGACAAGAUUUCUGGACAAGCCCAGCCCAGGAACAUUGAAAGGAAAACUCAGACUUGUACAAGACACCAUGUACACUGGUUAUUAUAACAUUCUCUACUGGAAUGACAUCCAUGGUUCACGAAGAACAUCUCCUGUGGACUUGCCAGAAGUGUGACAAGAUGACAAUGGUUUUGGUUUAGGUGCA